UACUCCGCAUCGAGGUUAAUGGGUGCUCGCGCACCCAAUUUUUAAAUAUAAAUCCGCUCCUGCUAGUAUACCUCUUUCGACCCCUUACUUGAUACUUCCUUUUCAUCUAGAGAUUUCCAGGGAAUUCUUUCUUUACAACCGAGCAACACACCAGGCCAACAACAAAAAGAAAAAAAUAUAGGGAUUCAUUUCAAUCCUCACUAAAAUACAAACCCCUUUUCAUCAAUUUUUGUAUAUUUAUUGUAACCAAAUUCCCUCUUUAUUACACCCUACACUAUCUCUCUCUCUUUCAUCACUGUCACCACUUUCUUUCUAUUCUUCUAUUCUCUGCUUCUUCUGUUUCUUUUUUUUACAUUUCUUCUUAGAACUCAGGAAAAAAAACAAAUAUGGCGCCACCUGGCUCAUUUGGAAACAGCAUCACUGUUGAUUCAUUUGAGGCUUUUCUUCAAGGCUGGUUAUUACGCCAAGAACAAUUCUUGAAUGAACUUAUAAUAGCACAAAACACAUAUGAUGAAUCACAAGAGGGUAUUAUUAAAAACCUUAUUUCUGGUGUCCUAGUUCAUUAUCAAGAAUACUUUGAAGAAAAAUCAAGAAUGUCUCAUAGAAAUGUAUUCCACGUCUUUUCUCCUGCAUGGUUUACUCCAUUAGAAAAAAGUUACUUAUGGAUUGCAGGGUUCAAACCGGGUUUAGCUUUUUCCUUGGUAAUGAAUUCUGUAGAUGAUUUGAGUGAAAAUCAAGUUGAGAGAAUUAAUAGGCUGAAAUUUGAAACAAGGGUUCAAGAGAAGAAUCUUAUGGAUGAGUUGGCCAAAAUACAAGAAAGUGUGGCAGCCCCUCCGUUUAUAGGACUAGCACAACAGUUCGGCGCAGAACUCCUCAAAGGGGAAGGUGGAGAAAUAAGAGAAGUGGAUGAAAAUAUAGAGACACUGAGAUCAGCUCUAGAAAAUGUGAUAAAAGAUGCAGAUAGAUUAAGGACAAGAACAACAGAGAGGGUGGUGGGGAUAUUAAAUCCUUUGCAGAGUUUGAGGUUUUUGACAGCAACAGCACAACUUCAGUUGAGAAUAAGGAUGUUGGGAACGCAGAGAGACAGAUGGUCAGUAGAUUUGUAAUUCACUUUUUUUUUGGUUAAUUCGUGAAGACUGAAUCAUGAAUUAGUUAGAGGUUUUGUGUUAGUUUAGAGACUUGUUUGAUAAUAUUUGUAAGAUAAAGAUUUUAUUUGUUAUAUCAAUAUUAGGCUUAUGUUGUAAUAGUAGGCUUUGUCUCACUGACACUUCAAAUUGUUGUUAGGUUUGUGUCGAAUUCUCGAAAAUAAUGUAUCUUUGAAGAAUUCGACAAGAAUGCAAUAACAUUUUUAAAAUGUUCAAGCAAUAUAGGUAGAAAUUACUCGGGUGAAUGGUAAAUAUAAGAGGUUACUUUCUUUCUUUUUAUCUUUGGGAUGUGUUUUUAUUGACUCUA